AUGGGGUAUAACGAAGGCCACCACGAUAGCCACAUCGCAGCCACGACGGCAACGCUUUUGGUUACAAUAUCUUUGCUAUAUAGAUAUAUCCUAUACCCGGCCUUCUUCUCACCACUGGCAAAGCUCCCAACCCCACACUGGUCCUGCUCUGUUUCCCCAGUAUGGAUACUCAGUGCUCGAUUCUAUGGCCGGGAAAACAGGACCUUGCAAGAAGCGCACAAGGAACAUGGGCCUAUCGUACGGUUGGGGCCCAAUGAAGUGUCCGUGAACGACAUGGAAGCAGUCAAGACCGUGUACCAGGGAGGCUUCGACAAGCAUGAAUGGUAUUCCGUGUUUGAUAACUACGGUGUCCCGUGUACUUUCUCAUCAUCAGAGGCCAAACAUCACUCGCUGAGGAAGCGUAUGGUGUCGAAUGUCUACUCCAAGUCAUACGUCCACUCCUCCACCUCACUCGCUGCGCAAAAUCACGAAAUCCUUAAUUCCAGGCUCCUACCACUGCUGGAGGAAUCGACGCACAAGAGUCAAGAUCCUCAUGGCAUUGACGUGCACUCUCUCUUUGCUGGCGUGGCCAUGGACUUCAUAACCACCUACUGCUUCGGGCUGCGGAACAGCUCGAAUUUUAUCCAGCAAAAACUGUACCGAGACCAUUGGCUCGAACUGUACAAGGUCCGAAAAGGCUACGGGUUCUUCGACCAGGAGUUGCCCCGCCUGUCGAAGGCCUUGCGGUUCGUCGGGCUGAACCUGACCCCAUCGUGGGUGACCGCGGCGAACAGGGAGCUCGAAGCUUGGUGCAAGAAGCUCUGCGAUUCCGCGCGGGUAUUCCUGAUAGACGACACCGAAGCAGAUCCGCAAGGCACGGCAAACGACCCAGUGGUCCUCCGCUCUCUGCUGGUGGGCAUCGAGAAGGAGGAGAGCACCAGCGGGGCCGCCUCUCCGCUCUACUCGACCACGAUCCAGCGGCGGGAGCUAUCGCUCGCCUCCGAGAUGUUCGACCACGUCCUCGCCGGGCAGGAGACCACGGGCGUCGCGCUGACCUAUGUCUCAUGGCACCUCUCUCGGUCACGAGAUCUGCAGCGCGAACUGCGCGCGGAGCUCCUCACGCUGCUGCCGGACAUGCGUCUCCGAGAGGGUAAAGCCGCAACCCCGGACCCCAGGCAAUUGGACAGACUUCCGAUUCUCCAUGCCGUGAUCACGGAGACGGUGCGUCGCUAUGCCCCAGCCGGCGGGCCCGAGCCUCGCGUCACGCCAGCGGCAUCAUGUCGCAUAGGACCGCACGAAAUCCCCGGCGGUGUCCGGAUCUCUGCCUCCGUAUACAAUCUGCACCGGGACGAGAGGUAUUUCCCCGACCCGGAGACCUGGGAUCAUACUCGGUGGUUGCCGAGGGACGGGGACGAGGACGAGGAGAAGAGGAGAGAUCGGCAGAGACAGUUCUGGGGGUUCUCGAGCGGAGGGCGGAUGUGCCUCGGGUCGAACUUUGCGAUGCAUGAGAUGAAGUUGGUCGUUGCUGCCAUCUACUCGAAUUACAUGAGUCACAUUGUCAGUGAUGACGGCAUCGAGCCCACCGAUGGAUAUACUGCACAUCCUACAAGUGGGCAGUUGUGGCUACGCUUCGACAAAAUCGCCUAG